AUGGAUGUAAACCAACUGGAAAGUCUUAUGCGUAACUUGGCGAUCAAGGAAACUCGCACCAACAGCUUAGAUAUGUUGGAGAGCAAACUUGCAGAUGUGGACCCCGAAAUCUUCAAAGUUAUGUUGUGUUCCGAUAGUUUGUUCAAGUUUCUCGCGGAUGCUAACAGCGAUCAGCAUACUACUGCGUCUAGAAUCAUAUACGAUAAAGCAAUUGAAUUCUUCCCCAACGGUUCACCGGUUGUUGAUCAGUUCAUUGAACGUUGCUUGACACAUCCUAAAAGCACCGUCAAACAAUUUGGAAUGCGGGGUGCCGCCACGAUGGUCUACGAUUCGACGGGUAUAUCGUCUAAUAACGUACAACUGGUCAUUCUACAUUGUCUUCCGAUGAAGGAAGUAUACGUUAACACGCUGGUAAAUGUGCUGGUAAAAUCGUUACCCCCGGUCUUUGCUGAGGUUGGCGUGCAGAAAAAUUUGCUCUCUGUAUUGGAAUACGACGGAACGAUACGCUGUCGAGUAUACGAGAUCGUCUGUACGAUCCUUGAGAAGCAUCCUGUUUAUCUGCCGAUUGCCGACCCAAUCAUAAAACGUGCAUUGGCAGAUUUGGAUGGAACUGAUGUUCUGUUACAGACAAGCGUCUUGCCAAUUCUUACACAGCUGCUCGUCACCAAAGAGGGCUUUGAUUACGUGGAGGCGAUUGAUUUAUUUAACAAGGUUUACACAAACUUUGUCACAGUAAAAAUGACACCUUAUUUACGCUUCGUACUACCGAAUGCGCUUAAAUUCUACGCUAACGCGGCAGCGGUACAACCGGUCCUGUUUCUUUCGCGAUAUUCAAAGGCAGUAGAUUUUAUAUUUGAAAACACUUUACUUGACGAUUCGAUGCUGAUGGCCAUUGCCUAUGAUUGCUUAGGCAUGAUUGGAUCUACAAGCGAAGGUAAAAUUCACCUUUACCAGCAUAAACAAGAAAAAAUGAAUCCGUUUCUGAAGCAGCUGCCUGGAGUUAUUAGCUCCACCACGGAGGCAUGCAAAGUUCGAUUUAUCGAAUGUUUGGCAAGUCUGAUGUCUUUAGAAAACGGUCAAUUCGAUAAUCGAAUCUCGGACAUUACCCAAAGAUGGUACGAAACUAUGACUGAAAGCGAAGACCUUGAAAUGAUUCUAGAACUGUUCAAGGUGCCCUUCCCCAACCAAAAAAUGGCAACGCUGAAGCUGUUGUCUGCAAUUGUUGAUCAUCGUUGGGGACAGCUAUUUUUCCAGAAUACUGCAUGCUUCGCAGAGAUACUACUCAAUCGCAUGCUGGACGUAGAUGUCAACGUGACUCAGUUUAAGUACGAUGUGAUAAAAAAGCUUUCCCAAUCGACAGUUAUGGAAAACUUCUUGUUGGACAUGCUUAAGCAGUACGUAUCAGAAACAGCCUUUCACCAAAAAGCUCAGGUGGAGGUGGUCAUUGAAGGUGGUCAAUGAUUUGUAUGUUUUUGGGUUUUCAUUUCUUAUGGAUUUGCUUACAUUCAUGUCGCUCGUGUCCUAUAUCUUAUGAAAUAAAGAUAA